UGCUGCUAAAAGAGUGCGUGCAGAACGGAAACCGCUUUGUUUUGUCCACAAACAGUGUCACACGUCACAGAUCGAUAUCCAGUCGAUUUGUAUUGACUGUCGAUCUGAUUAUUGAUCUGAUGAGCCUUCAGUGACCGAUUGCCUGCGCCCUGAGAGGACUUUGAUUUUGCUCUUUCCCGUCUGCUGGGAAAGUUACGGUUGCGGUCCGCCUGGUCUGACCGGAACUUUGAGCUGAUGAAGAGUAGCUGAUCGAUACGCGCAGAGCUGAUCGGAGAUUAUUGCUCAGUGAUGGAGGACCGGGUCUCUGAGCCUAGCCUGGUUCUGGUCUUCAGCGGGAAGCGGAAGUCGGGAAAGGAUUACGUGACGGAGCUGAUCCAGAAAAGGUUGGGCUCUGAGGUGUGCUGCGUCUUGCGCCUUUCUGGACCCCUGAAGGAGCAGUAUGCUCAGGAACAUGGGCUGGACCUGGACCAGCUGAUGGGUCCUGGUCCUUAUAAGGAGCGCUAUCGGGCUGAUAUGAUUCGCUGGGGAGAAGCGUGCCGUCAUCAGGACCCCGGCUUCUUCUGUCGCCUGGCAACCAGAGGAGCCCGCCAACCAGUGUGGGUUGUGAGCGAUGCACGGCGGCUCUCAGACCUGCAGUGGUUCUGGGCAGAAUUUCCUCAACAGACUCGAAGUGUCAGAGUACAAAGUUCAGAGAACACGAGGUCACAGAGGGGGUGGAGCUUCACCACAGGUGUCGAUGAUGCAGAGUCAGAGUGCGGGCUUGACAGUGGCGUUAAAUUUGACUGGAUCAUCAUUAACGAGGCCAACGCCCCCUCGUUAGACGAGCAGCUGCAUCCGAUACUGCAGCUUGCUGAGGAAGCAGCUUCAUCAUCAUCAGUCACAGCUAAUCAGUGAUUUCACUGACGACUGAUCAGGUGGUGAAUCCCCACCCGACGAGCUGACUAGCUGACAGAUGUUGGAAGCAGCUGGUUACCGGCAGCUGCUGCCUUUGUGUCUUUGAGCAGCUGAGGCAGGUUUCUGAUGUGUUUUGAAAGAUGGAGGACGGCGUGCUUUCAGCAGGAUGUAAAAACUAAAAAAUCUUCAUUUAUCAGCAGAAGAAUAAAGUUUUAUUUAACAUGUAUUCAGGCUUUGAAGGAUUUUUAACGGGUUGUAGCUUGAAUGCCCCUCAGGUGGGUCCAUCUCACAGCUGUUAACAGGUGUGUCUGUGUAGGUUCAGUCAGCCAGGUCAUGGUUGUCUCUGAAGCUUGAAAAAGGCGACUGGACUUAAAGAAAUUUUUGAAAACUGUUUUUACCUCUCAACCAAAAUGCUUCCAGGGUUUCGGCUGAAUCUAAUGUGAGACCUUGCCCUGCUCUAUCAUGUGACCUGUUGAAGUUACCUGAAGAAAGGUGAGAGCGGGGGUUGUCGGUUUUGCUAUCCACCUCCUCCAUCAGUGAUGGCAGUUCACAGUGGACUUCUUGUACUCCUUACUCAAACCAUCUGUCCAAAAUUACUACUUUUCCACCGCAGAGGUGCUGGUGCUCGUGCCAGUGCUGAUGUUGGUUUCCGGCAAAACACUUAAGAACGAGCCCGCGUUUCCACCGCGCUUUGUGAACUGAUCCUUUACGUAAGAGUGUGGGCGGGUCCUCAUCUGGAAAAGGAAGAUGAAGGGCACAAUCGUGGGAGAACACGCUCCCCUUUCUUGUGCUGCAAACACAUUUUACAGUCCAAACAAACUACUGAAGCAUCUGUGUGCAGCACAGAGUUAAACACAGACGGCGAUUAAAGCAAGAUGACAAGUACGCACUUUGUGUCCUUUUAUCUGUGAUAUGAACUGAUACAAAGCAGCAAGUUCAGCCUUAGAGCCCAACCUAAUUCACAGCUGUGAAAAUCGCUUCGCUUUUCUCCUGUAAUACACACCAUGCAGUGAAAUAGUGGUAGAAAACUUUACAUUCAGAUGUUAGUCACACCCUUCUGUUGCUUGCGUUACACAUUCUUGGUUCAAGACCAGCUAGCUUGCAGGCCCCGAGUUGAACUCGUUUUUCAGCUGAGCAUCGAGUUCUUUCACGGUGGAAAAACCGCUGAACCGUUCAAAUACUGGUACCAGCACCCCAUUGGUGGAAAGGAGGCCAAUGUGAACGCUGGCCUCUUCAAAGAGUGACCUCUGACCUUUGGGUGCAGAUGUAUCAGAUCCUUAUUUAUUCUAUUUAGUAUUUAUAUUUCUUAUUUCUGUUGUAUUUAUUAUUUUGGCACCUGUAGGAUGGCACCAACAAAAUUUAGUGUGCAAUGAAAACAAACAUAUCUUAUGUCUGUAGAACAUGUCGUAUUUGAAAUGUUGUGGUCAGGCAGAGGUCUAACAUUGUGCAGAUCUGAUCCAGGGUAAAGCCAGUUCUGUUUUGUAAGGGGUUGUCUUCCUGUAGUUGCUUCUCUCCACUGCCUCAGUUGCAGGUAUGUAAGUGAAAAGUGAAACCACAUCAAGGACACCAUGGUUUCAUCUUCAGUGCAAGAUUACGGACCUUGUUGGUGAAGUAGGUGCUUGGAAAGUUGUAGGUGACUGAGUUUACUGCUGACGAUGGGUCUGAGUGGGACUCUAUUGUGGAUCUUCAGAAGUCCAUAUAAGCAUGGUGUAGCAUUCCUGGGAUAGAAGCGCUAGCAUGUAGGGCGGUCGCUGUUUCUGUGGUUGUGAUGUGAUCUGCUAUUGGCAGCUGUUAUUCUGAUGUUUUCUCACACCUCAGCUCAUGUGAUGACACACAUGAUCAAUAGUAGGUCAACGACCACCUCCAAAGGGGAAAAUCCCCAGUAGUAUUUAAAUGCCUGGGACUCUACGCCUUUUAGUUUUAGGACUGAAGAAGGAUGAGCGAUGAAAUGUCUUCAAAACUUAAGUCCAGUCGCCUUUUUUCAAGCUCUUGAGAGAUUGUUCAAUUUUAUUUAUAUAGAAACAAAUCACAACAGUUGCCUCAACGUGCCUUAUAUUGUAAGGUAAAGACCCUCCAAUAAUUACAAUUACAGAAUAAUUACACCUCAUUUCUCAGUGAUAGGACAGUUUACAGGCUGAGAAGCAGACUUUUUUUUUUUUUAAUUUCUAUCAUCGCCCACAACAGUAAGAUCCAAAAUGACCUGCAGGGCAUCACACGGGUGGCUUUGUUACGACAGAAAAUCGUAAAUUUAAGAGAAAACUCUUAAAAAUAAAAGUGAGGUGUAACAUCUAGCGAUGGUGAAAUGAAGCUUCAUGAAGCACUGAAGCUUUCCAUUCAAUCAGUGAACCCAUGGGCUGAAGCUUCAUGGUGCUACUGCACCAUCAAGUGGACAUUAACAGGCAGUGAUUAUACUCACACAGUGGCUUUGGUGUGUGACACUUAACUUAAUGAAUGUUGUUUGUGAUGCCAGUACAUACAGUGUAUCACAAAAGGGGAAAUGACAAGCAGUGCUCAAUUUGGACAUUUACGGGUGUAGUCUCUUAGGGGUGUAUUCACUUUUGUUGCCACUGGUUUAGACAUUAAUGGCUGUAUAUUGAGUUAUUUUGAGGGAAGAAUAAAUUUAGUUAUAUAAGCUGCACACAGACUACUUUUCAUUGUGUCGAAGUGUUAUUUUGCCAGUGUUGUCCCAUUAAAAGAUAUACUUAAAUAUCUACA